CUGUAACACUGAUUCUCAGCUGAAGACACGCAAAGACAGACGGUCCCCAUGUUUAUUUUUCCAACUGAGCGUCACUGUGAUGAAUAGCUCCUCCAUCUCCGUUGAUAAAGCGUUCCGCUGCACAAUUCAAGGUUGCUUCCUCAGCACACUUACUUCCAACAACCCUCAGCUUUCAUUAAUUUACCUUCAACAUGGCCACCUGCGAGGUUUCAGGCACCUCCGACAUGUACGGUCUCGGAAUUCGAGUUGGAUUCUAUCUCCAAUGGAUGUCGUCGCCAGCAACCGCCUGGAUCGCACCUGGCGAGACGUCUAGUCUGCGGACAGCGAAUGCCUUCUUUAUCUCAGCAACUUUCAUCGGCCUUAUCAUCGAAACUGCAUUGAACCACCUUGACGUCAUUGAGAUAUACGUCAUCCUUCUGCUGGGAUUUGGUGCUCAAUACUCCUGGCUGAUUACAAGUCUCUGGCGUGUAGCCACCCAUUUUAACGCCGGUUGGGAUCCGACGAGGCACAUGAGAGCUCCGAUUCCGUCUACGAUGUAUUGGUUUCUCUACAACACCGUUCAAAUUGCUCAAAUCGUUUUUCAACUCUGGUUCUGGUUGUACAAAAUUCCAAGAACAAAUAACGAAUGCGCGCGGUUCGGAUUCGCUUUCUUCAAAGUUAAGCUGACCAGCAAUGGCUUCCGAAUCUUCAACGUCGUUGUCAUGGUAGUCCUACUGGUGCUCAUGGUCGCCUUUUUUGUUUUGCAUCUCCGUCAACUUUGGCGUGAAGGUAGACUUCCGCUGUCGACUAAUGCAGCAGCGAUGACCAUGUCUGAGAUCCAAGAGAAGAGAGAGCAAGAUCGUGUCCCAGAGAAACGAGAGAAGGUCCUCUGCAUCAUUGACACGGUGUAUCGAGUCGUAUCAAUCGCAAUGGUGAUCCUUGCCACUGAAUUGACGAUAGCGUGGAAUAAGAUCCAAGGUGUGAAUGAUACCAAAUCCGUCGGCCAACUGAUUCCACUCAUGAUUGGUGUCGGUGGUAUCGGGCACGUUGUUCUUGCAGUGAUUAGAGGACCGAAGACUGUGGACGAAAUAAUGCAGGAGUAUUAUCAAGAGGAUUCGUACAAUAUGAUGGUUAUGGGCGCGUCUGCCUCGAAUGGAAGGGAAGAGUAGAUCCCCGAUUAUUUCGAAUCGGACUGAGAUCCGGGACCUCAGCUAGAACGUCAGUAGUAACCUGUACCUUAAGCCAAAAAGAAAAUAGGUGUAUUGGGGACAAGAACUUCUAUCCAAACUAUAAGUGUCCAGGCCUAGUUGCUGAUGGCGGUGGGUGCGCUUGUUCCGCCAACGCCAUGUUUAGUGCGCGCGACAACCUUUCCGAAUUUCGACAAGCACUACGGAACGCAUCGUAACACGUUGAUACGACUGAUACGCUAUGAUAUAACCAAGCUCACUAGCAAAACGGAUAAGGCAUGACGUGGCGAGGUUGAAAUUUGCAU